AUGACGAAGCUGGGUAAAUUGAUGAUCCUCCUGAUGGCAGUCAUGCAGUCAGUCUUUGCUCAAAACGCCUUUAACAUCACACCCAUGUCUCUUUAUGGCAAGAGAUUCAGUUAUGCAAAUAAGAUUUCGGUGACGAUUGGUUUUGGUUCGUCGGUAGCCGAGGCAACAGCUUCUACACCUCGCUACGCCAUGUCUGCUUAUUUCGGAGGAACCUAUACACUCCUUACUUGUGCAAAAGAGGCUUUCCUUGGAAAUAUUACAGCACUUCGUGCCGCUUUGCCAACCUUCCAGUCCGAUCCACUCGCCAAUCUGAGCUCAGGAACCUUCACCAUCAGUCUGGCGACUAGCCGCAAAGGAGACAAAAUGGUCAAGAUUCAGCUAGUGGAUUUUUCUGACGGACAAUCAGCAAUGUACAUAAAGUCGCUGAAGGGUUACUCUAAAACACUUCCGCCCUUUAAUGUCUGCAAUGCAGAAAUUCCCCCAGAGCAUUACGUAUCCAGCUGCAAUCAGACUAUGUGUAACUAUCCAGCGAUGGACGAAGUCUACUGCCAGUCCAUUAAGGCUUAUGCCCAGGCCUGCAGUAUGCUGCUUGGAAUGGACCUAGACUGGGAGUCAACCACCAACUGCUCUAGUGACGCCUUCUGUCCAGAGAAGUACUGCAGUGGUCAUGAGUUUUGCGGAAAUAAGAAGUCCGGUGAGCCGACAGUCUGCGAUGGUAACUCCGCCACUGUUGCGAUGGCUGAAUGUUUGCUGGUGGACCACGGCAUCGACCACUCCAGGUUACACCUCAAUGACCCGACCUGCACGGGUGACUAUGACGAGCAGAGCCACAUGGUGUCUUUCAUCUUCACCAGCAGCAACCUCUGCGGGACGGAGAUUGUGAAAAACAACAGCCAAAUCAUAUACAAGAACAGCAUCGUGUCGAAGAACGUAUCUGCGCACGAAGUCAUCACCCGCCACGACCAAAUAGAGAUCGACUUCUCCUGCUUUUACAACCAACCAGAACGCAAGAGUGUGUCCUUCAAGAUUAAAGACAGCUCCGUGGUGGAGACGAUCGUAUCAGGAAUUUGGAAUUACACUCUGAAUAUGAGCGCCUACACAGACCCCGGCCUCAUGGAACGUAUCGGGCCAAACACCGAGAUCCGGCUAGACCAAAAGAUCUGGGUGGAGCUGAAGACGACGGGGCUGGACGAGAAGCUCCUCGCCAUAGUGACCGACUCUUGUUGGGCAACCAACCUGCCGUCACCUGAUGGUCCGCGAUAUGACCUCAUCAAAAAAGGAUGCCCAAACAAGGCUGACGAGACGGUGAUGAUGCAGGGAAAUGGAGUCGGAUUGUCCAACUCCUUCUCUUUCAACAUGUUCGAAUUCGUCGGGGGAAGUAACGAAAUCUUCCUGCACUGCCUUGUGGAACUGUGCCCCAAAGAUGGCCCAGCCUGUGCUCCGGUAAGCAGUAGGGUUGUCAAAAGUAUCGAUACUAAAACGUUGUAUCCGGAUACGAUACUCAUUUUCAAAAGUAUCGAGUAUCUGAAGCUUGUUAUCACAGUUGCAGUUUCUUUUUGCAAAACUGUUUUUUAUUAUAAAUAUUUAACCUGUGGUUCUGUUAAUUUUUUUUUAUUUUUAUUAUUAUUAAUUUAAACAAAACACAACAUAAGUCACCAAUGGACAAACCCUGUAAAAAAGAAAAAAAAGAAAGAAAGAAAAAAAAGAACAACAACAACAAAAUCACAAAACCAACCUAAAUAAAUACAUAAAACAACAAUAAUAAAUAAGAACUUUAACACAUUUAAUAACAUUAAAACUAAAACUAGACACAAACAAACAUCAAACAUAAUUACCACAUAAAACAUACAGUAUAUCAGUAAACUUAAUAACCUAAGAGAAAAUAUUCUGUUCUGUUAAUUUUUACAUGUUGCAUUUUC